GCGGCGCAUGCGCAUGGGGGAGGACGGAGCGGGGCACGUGCAGCGCUGGCGCUGCCGCCGGGCGCCUUUGCACGGAGCCGUCUCGGCUGUGGCUGCAGAGCAGGAAGGCUCCUGUGCGAAGGUACCUCAGAAUUGACUUCUUAAUACAGUGAUGAUACAGCAUCAAAGAAAAAUAGUCUUCUGUUUUUCAAAUAUUUGAGUUUCUUGUUUAUAACAGCAUGGUUUGCUGUGAAAAGUGAAAGAAGAAUCUUCCUGGACACUUCCAAUCUGCUGGUAGGCACAGCAGGAUGCUUUGUUGGAGGCAGCUUUGCUUGUUCACACUGAGACGUUCCCAAGCUCGGACUCUGUGCAGUGAUCUGCUGUCGAGCCAGAUAAGUGGCUGCACCCACGAAGAUGAAGUGUUCAGCCUUGUUGGAAGGAACAAGGCCACACUUUCUGAAAAGCACGUGGGAAUUGCAUUGAACAUGCUGUGGCAAUUGCAAAAGAAGAGGCCCUUUCUCCUAAGGACCAGUGACUAUGUAAGAAAUCACUCCCAGUUUCUUACCCUUUGCAUUUUGGCAGAAAACAAGGUGGAACACAUGGAAGAUGAGGUGAUAGUGGACACCUUAUAUAGCAUCCUGAGGCUCGAUGUUGAAGACCAUGUUUCUCUAGCAAAAGUGCUUGUUACAGAAGCAUGGAAAAGAUUAGAAAGGCUUAGUUUGCCUGCCCUGUCUAAAUUCGCUCUGUGCUUGUACAAGCAGCACAGGCACUUCAGUCCCAUACUUGGCCGAGUAGCUCAGAUUGUGGACACGAAACUGGAUUCUAUACAGGAUCUAAGGAGCUUGUCAAUUUUGAUGAUCAGCAUAUCUGGAGUUAUCACAGAGAGUUUUCGAGAUCGAUUACUACACAAGGCUGAGCAGCUCUUAGAAGAAAAGGAUGAAGUCCACUUCAACUAUGCCAGAAGAAUACUACAGUUUCUCCAGAAUGUUAAAUUGAAAUAUCAUCCAUUGCUAGAAAAAUGCAACAGGAUUUUCCUUGAAAGUGCCUCCCAUCUUGAUAUACACAGUAUUAGUCAUAUUUUUGGGCUGUAUGAGCAGCUGGGUUUUGACAACGCUGAAUUCCGCUUGAUUGCUAAACAGCUGCUAUCUGAAGCUGUAGAUGAGUGUCGUGAUCCUGAAACAUUUGCAAAAUUAUUUUUUUCUCUUGGGCCUAUGGCAGGAUCUAAUGUUAGAGAAAGGUUGCUAGUAACUGCAAUACACAUGGCAGAGGAAUUUAGCAGUUACCAAGUAUUGAUGAUCCUGAAGACUAUGCAGAAAAUGAAAUGCAGAAAUUCUCAUCUACUCAAAAAAAUGGCUUCUGUCCUGCACAAACACUUGGAUAGCUAUCCUGUAUUACAGCUGGUAAAGCUAACACAGUACUUGGUGAUGUUGCAUUGCCAGGAUCUGGAGCUGUUUGCCAAAGUAAAAAUGUUACUGUUAGGUUAUUUAAAAUCUAGUGUGAUACCUGCUGAUAUUGCAGCUGUAAUUCGUGCUCUGGCCAUGCUUCCUUCUUUUCAAGUGGAGGAAAUGAUUAUAAACAAAGCAGCAGCAGUUUUACCUCAAUGCAGACUCCAUCAUUUGAAUUGCAUUGCUACAGCUCUUGUCAAGUGGAAUCACCAUGGCCAGUUGCACUGGCAAAACAGUUCUGAGCUAUGUGCCAAGCUCCUGCAAAAACUAAAUGACUGUGGGUUUCAGAGGCUUCAGAAAACCAACAGCUUAAAUCUUCUGCUGGAAGAGCUUCCAUAUAUGAAUGGAGAGUGGUUUGAAGAAGUCCUGAAUGAGGAAACUCUGGCCACGUGUCAACGCUUGAUCCAUCAAAUCACAUGGGCAAAUGUUUUACCCCUGGCUUUUUUCCUCAUAAAAUCAGACCACUGUUGUCCUGCAUUAUUUGACAGAAUAGCUUCUGUGACUGUUGAAAAUACAGACAAGAUUCCCCCCUCUGAAAUCUAUUUUAUUCUCUUCCUUUUCUCUGCUCUGAAUUAUGACCCUCCUGACAAUGAAGAAUUCUUUAAGAGUUGUAUCCAACAUAUUACUUCUAACCUGAGUCAUCUUGAAACUUAUCACUUGGUGCUGCUUGGUCAUGUUUUGGCAAUGGCUGGCUAUUUUCCUGAAGUUCUGAUAACGACCAUAUUUAAUGUUUUUUUCCUAAGCAAAUUGGAUGAUCAACUUAAAGUGCUGCCUGAUACGGUGAAGCAGAGGGUCCACUCGAGCCUCAUGAAAUUGAACAGAGCAGUCUGUCUGGAGUGCCCAGAGUUUCACAUCCCUUGGUUUCACGAGCCAUACUGCCAGCGUGUCCUUCACAACAGCACGAGCCAAAUAAAUCCACAGCGACAGCAUAUUCACAGAAUGCUGACAGAGAUCUUAGGAGGGAGGCAUUACUCAAGAAUAUCUGUUCUCACACCAUACUGCUAUGAAAUAGAUUUUGAGUGUGUCCUGGAUGUAAAUAAAAAGCCUCUUCCCUAUAUGGCUCAGAAUAUACCUCUGGAUGGUGUAGGGGGAAUACACUUGAGACAUGACAUCAAGGAUGAAGGGAGAAAGGCUCUGCCACCAGGAGCUCAAAGGAUUGCUUUGGAAUUUCUUGAUUCAAAAGCUUUUAGCAAAGAUUAUUCACGCCAUCUGAAAGGAGAACCUGCAGUGAAAAAGCGACACCUGGAAAUGCUGGGGUACCGAGUAGUUCAGAUUCCUCACUUCGAAUGGAAUUCUCUGGUUCUAUCAACAAAAGGUGAACAGCUGGAAUACCUGAGAGAGCAGCUGUAUGGAAGAGAAUGAUACCAGACAUGCAGUCUGAAGUACUUUUAUAAAAACAGUUUAUGUACAAUCAAA